UUUAUUUUAUUAAUUGAAGGAAAGGCAACAAUUAAAUUUGAAAAAACAAAAAUGAAAUUUGAUGUGGGGCCUUGGGAAUCUUUUGGUUUAAAUAUUUUGGAUAAAUUAGAGGAAAUAAUUAAAACAAAAAAAGAAUUUAAAGAAUUAAAUAAUGAAGAAGGAGAACAAAAAGGAAGAAGAAAAUCAACAACAAAUCAUCAUUUUAUUAAUAAUUUUCACAAUUCAAUUGAAUUUAUUCCUGAUUAUGAUUUGGAAAUUAAAUCAGACUGUAAAUAUUUAAAAAUAACAUUUUCUACUUAUUUGGCAUUUAUUCGACUUUCUGGACUUUUAAAAACAAUUAAAGAAUUUAGACAAACAGAUCCAAAUUUAUUUCAAAAAUCCUCAACAACAACAACCCGUAAAUAUUUAUCAAAUCCAAAUUCUCUCCAAACAUUAAAUAAUUCUAUAGAGGAAUUAAAAAAACAAAAAAGGUGUUUAAGUACUAUUUCUGUUCCGUUAGAGGUGCCUUUACUUCGAAAAUUUAAAUUUUAG